GAGGCCCGAUUCCGCGCCCGCCAUGGCCGACAAGAUGGACAUGUCUCUGGACGACAUCAUCAAGCUGAACCGGAGCCAGCGGGGCGGCCGCGGCGGGGGCCGGGGCCGCGGCCGCGCCGGCUCGCAGGGCCGCGGCGGCGGCGUGCAGGCAGCCGCGCGGGUGGGCCGCGGCGGCGGGCCGGUCCGGAACCGGGCGGCUCUGGCCCGCGGCGCGGCGGGCGGCGGCGGCAGGAAUCGGCCGGCGCCCUACAGCCGGCCCAAGCAGCUCCCCGAUAAGUGGCAGCACGACCUGUUCGACAGCGGCUUCGGGGCCGGCGCCGGCGUGGAGACAGGCGGGAAGCUGCUGGUGUCUAACCUGGACUUCGGCGUGUCGGACGCUGACAUCCAGGAGCUGUUCGCCGAGUUCGGGACACUGAAGAAGGCGGCUGUGCACUACGAUCGCUCGGGCCGCAGCCUGGGCACCGCCGACGUGCACUUCGAGCGGAAGGCGGACGCGCUGAAGGCCAUGAAGCAGUACAAUGGGGUGCCCCUGGACGGCCGCCCCAUGAACAUCCAGCUCGUCACGUCACAGAUAGACACACAGCGGAGACCCGCCCAGAGCAUAAAUAGAGGCGGGAUGACUAGGAACCGCGGGGCUGGAGGCUUCGGUGGCGGGGUCCGGAGAGGAGCCCGCGGGGGCAGCCGGGGCCGGGGCCGGGGCACCGGCCGGAGCUCCAAGCAGCAGCUUUCUGCAGAGGAGCUGGACGCACAGCUGGACGCCUACAAUGCCAGGAUGGACACCAGCUAAGAGCCACCCACCGGCGUGCGGAUCCGAACAGACGUCCUGUCGGCCGAGCUCCCGGGGAGGGGCAGAGGGGCUGCGCGGCUGCCGAGGCAUCGGUUUCUUUUAUGUUUUAAAAUAGGGUUUUAAAACUCAUGUAAAGGUUUUUCUCCCUUCUCCCCUCUCCCCUUUUUUUUUUUAAUUCUGAAGCAGACCUGUUUUGUACUGAGUUAUUUUGGGAUAAAUCUCACUGUUGCUGUUGUGGAGGAGGCGGCGUUUCCGCCUUGGCCAUAAUAAACUAGAAACGUGUGGCA